UCAUUUCAUUUCUGUUUUCAGGACUGCCCUAUCUUGGUGAAAGCCAAGGAACAAAGAUGGAGUCUGUUUACAUUAAACAGGAGGUGGUUCAGGAAUUGGUACCUAUCUGCAUUAAACAGGAGAUGCCUGAACUGGAGCCUGUCCACAUUAAAGAAGAGACUGAACUAGAGCCUGUCCACAUUAAAGAGGAAGAGACUGAACUGGAGCCUGUCCACAUUAAAGAAGAGACUGAACUGGAGCCUCUCUACAUUGAAGAGGAGCCUAUUGGCUUGUUGCUUAAGGGUUCAGAAAACAUAUCCCGGCCAAAGAUAUCACAUCAAUGUAGUGGAUAUGGGAAGAGCUUUAGUCAGUCAGGAACCCUAAAAACACACCAGCGAAUUCACACUGGAGAGAAGCCAUAUCACUGUUUUGAAUGUGGGGUGAGCUUCACUGUGUCAGGAAGCCUAAAAACACACCAGCGAAUUCACACUGGAGAGAAGCCAUAUCAAUGUACUGAAUGUGGGAAGAGCUUCGUUCAGUUAGGUGACCUAAAAAGACACCAGCGAAUUCACACUGGAGAGAAGCCGUAUCACUGUACUGAAUGUGGGGAGAGCUUCAGACAGAUUGGAAGCCUAAAAAGACACCAGCGAAUUCACACUGGAGAAAAGCCUCGUCGCUGUACUGAAUGUGGAAAGAGCUUCAGUGAAUUGGGACACCUAAAAUCACACCAGCGAAUUCAUACUGGAGAGAAGCCAUAUCACUGUAAUGAAUGUGGGCAGAGCUUCAAUCAGUUAGGAGUCCUAAAAAGACACCAGCGAAUUCACACUGGAGAGAAGCCAUAUUACUGUACUGCAUGCGGGAAGAGCUUCCGUCAGUCAGGAGACCUAAAAGCACAUCAGCGAAUUCACUCUGGAAAGAAGCUGUAUCCCUGUACUGAAUGUGGGGAACGCUUUAGUAGGUUUAGAGACCUUAAAAGACACCAGCAAAUUCACACUGGAGAGAAGCCGUAUCACAGUACUGAAUGUCGUAAGAAUUUCAGUCAGUUAGGAAGCCUACAUCUACACAAGCGAAAUCACACUGGAGCCAGCCUCCCUAACUAUCCCUCACCUCUCCACCCUGCUUGUUUGAAUGUGUGGAUAGCUGUCUGAUUCUCUGAUUAAUGCUCUCUCUCUCUCUCUCUCUCUCUCUGUGUGUGUAGUGAAUGAAGGGGUUCCCCAGAGUGAGAGCCAGUCCUGAAGGAGACAGACCCAUUCUUUCAGAAUGAACUGGACAGCCCUGGGAUUCAGCUCCACUCCUGCCCCUGAAUUGGAAAUGAAUCUCACUCAUCAUGCUGUGAGGAUUUAGGACAGGCAACGCUGUUUUCAAUGAAGUUGUUCCAAAUUUCUGAUGCCAAGGCAAAUCUAUCUGUAGUUGCACUCAAAUCAAAACGCAAAAAUAAAGAUUUCUCGAAAAAAUUCUUGUAAUAGUAAUAUUAUAAGACAGCAGACUAUAUACGCUCACGUAGACAGCCAGACAGCAAGAAAUUGAUAUGAUUACAAUAGAGAUUUGGAUAACGCAUAUCUAGACGUCAAGAGCAAUAUUCUAUUCAAAUACAUACUGCUGUAAGCUUAGUGGAGGUACAGAUAACAAACUGGCUUGUAUAUACAUGUAAAAAAUAGCGUACUGUAGGUUAUAUUAACAAAAAAAGCAUGUAUUGAAACAAGCAGUCAAAAUGACUACUUUUGGCGGUUCUAGGUAGAAGUGCUCCUGACUUUUUUUUAUUUUUGAGAUUCUUACUUUCAAACGCCGUCAGGGUAUUUAAUACAGGUAUUUAGGAAAAGUCAAGAACAGACAACCAUGGAUCUUUAACACACGCAGAGUAAUUUAAAUUUUAAAAGUGAAAACCGUUGCCAAUAACAUUUAUGAUAUUUUUAAAAUUUAAUUUGAGCUAUAAAUGGCAUUACUGUUCCAAUGUCAGUGAGUACAGUAUACAAUACAUAAGUGAAUUGUUUUAAAGCACCCAAAACUAAGAAUAUCUUCAUGGGUGUGGCAGCAAUGUGUGCUUCAUCUAACUAGUAUGGCCUCUAAGCUCUUGCACCAGUGCAGACACAAGCUGAAGCAACCUUGUGUUUUUUGUUUUUAUUUUAGGUUGUGCAAACUUUGCACUGGAGCAAAAGCUGUUUUGGUUUUGUGUGAAUCUGAAUGAAUGAAUCUGCUUUGCAGAGUGUUUAAAUACUGAGAAACUCCAAGCUUACUGUCUACUGGAGCCCUGCUUCAGUGCAAUGGGAUUGAAAUACAAUGUGUAGAUUGUUGUAUAUCCAAUUAUUGUGACAGACCACAAUAUUAGAGCUGUAUAAAUAUAAUACUGUAAAACAUGAAAGGUUAGCAAGCAAACCAUUUUCACUAAUGUUACAUUUGUUACAAAUCUGCAGAACCUACAUGCAGCAACAUUACCAUCAUUACUACAUUCAUAGUUUAUACAGUUUGAAUAAUUAAUAUAAACAAUCUGCAGAAUGAAGUUGCCUCAGACUGUUUGACAGUAACAGAGCUGGUGCUUUUGUGGAAUCACCAUUAGCUGCUUAUUCCUUUUGGGCAAAAUAUGUCCUGUUUGCUUGUAUUUUUAUUAGUAUGCUAUUAUUAGAGUGACGCAGGGUCUUCUGGUUUUCAUUCCAAUUAACAUAAUUGAUCUAAUUAUUUGUUCAUUUGGACAUAUUUCAUAUUUUUCAAGGUCUUUUACAGUUGAUGAUUUAAAAAUGCACUUGAUUCAAGGUACACAACCUAUUAAACAUUUUGAGACCUGGAGAGAAGUGUUAAAUGUGUCCAAUUAAUAAAAUCAUUAGACCAAUUAAGUGAUUGAGAGCUCGGGUGGAACGAAACCAGAAGACACUGCGGUCCUCCAGGAGUUUGACAGCCCUGUCCUGAGGCAAGCUUUGUGAUUUCGAAAGGAUUUCAUUGACAUUGCGUUUGAGUUCCUGUACGUUUUCCAGUAUCUCUGUGUAUGGGAGUGGCCUAAGAUAUUGAGGUAUUAAUGUUAAAUGUGAUAUCUUCAUAAUUAUGCACUACAAGGGCACAUUAUGGUGUUUCCAUUACCUCUGUAUGUAAAAGGUUUUUCAUUGUUUAAACUGCCAUUGAUUCCUGAGCUAGAUCUGCAGUGGAACUGAACAAACCCAAGGGAGACAUUGGAAAAUACAAGCUUGUCAAAGGGGGAGAUGCUGCUGCAGGUUUGAUAAUGUUGGCUUCAUGAAAUGAGAAAUGGAAUUCCCUCUGUGUCAUGGAAUUCCUUUGCUAGUGUAUCAUGAUGUAAGCCCUGGAGUGUGGGCUCAGUCUUCUCUGCUGCCUGCUUGUUCUCAGUGUGUGAGUUCAGCUGCAUUUCCAGUGUCCUGAGCUGGGCUUUGAACACACUGGGGACGCAGCUGAGAACAAGCCAGACCCACGACUCAGGGAUAAAAUAACAAGAUUAGAAAGCUUAUACGUAGAACUCUUUUUAUUGUUUUUAUUGAUUUGAAAAUUAGACAUUUUGAAAUCUAACAAAUACUGUACUGGUAUUAUGGCUUCUGGUAGACUUUUGUGAUAUAAUUGUGUAGUUUCUUUGAUUACAUGAAGGUAAAUAAAAGAUUUAAAUUAUG